UCAUUUGCUUGUGGCGAUUUCUUAUCGUUGAAUCACAUCUCGAACUGGUAUUGUCUAGGGUCUAGACCUAGACAGACAGAGAUUAAGAGCCAUACUCAAUACUCAAUUGUUAUUGGUAAUCUAUAUGGUGAAAUACUGGAGUUGAGGGUGCCACCUGCUUCUGAUGGAACAUGCUCCCGAAAUAAAGAAAAGACGGUCACCACCCUACCCUGGUUUUCCUCCCUGUUAGAUUGGAUCCGGUCCAGCGUAGAUAGAAGAUAAAAAAUCUAAUCAUAGCUGAGAGGUCACCGCAUAGAAAUGGAUGCACAAACCGAACCGGAGGUGCCACCGGCCGCUGUCACCGAGGAGCCAUUCCUGGGGCCGCUGGACAUCAUUCUGCUGCUGGCGCUGGUUGCCGGCGCUGCCUGGUAUCUACUGAAGGGCAAAAAGAAGGAAACACAGACUAGUCAGUUCAAGUCGUACACAAUACAACCAACCGCAGUGAACAACAUGACCAUGGCGGAGAACUCAUUCAUCAAGAAGCUGAAAUCGUCUGGCCGUAGGUUGGUGGUGUUCUACGGUUCCCAGACUGGUACGGCCGAGGAGUUCGCCGGUCGCUUGGCCAAGGAGGGUCUCCGCUAUCAGCUGAAGGGUAUGGUGGCGGAUCCGGAAGAGUGUGAUAUGGAAGAACUGCUUUCCCUGAAAGAUAUCGACAAAUCGUUGGCGGUUUUCUGUCUAGCUACGUACGGUGAGGGCGAUCCAACUGAUAACUGCAUGGAGUUCUAUGAGUGGAUUCAGAAUAAUGACGUGGAUUUCACGGGGCUGAAUUAUGCGGUAUUUGGACUGGGUAAUAAAACGUACGAGCACUACAAUAAGGUUGGAAUCUAUGUCGACAAACGCUUGGAAGAGUUGGGCGCCACCAGAGUCUACGAGCUGGGACUUGGAGACGAUGAUGCAAACAUUGAAGAUGAUUUUAUCACUUGGAAGGACAAAUUCUGGCCAGCGGUUUGUGAUUUCUUCGGCAUUGAGAGCACCGGAGACGAGGUGCUGAUGCGUCAAUAUCGUUUGCUAGAGCAACCGGAAACAACUUCGGAGCGUAUUUAUACCGGUGAGGUAGCCCGUUUGCAUUCCCUCCAGACCCAGCGUCCGCCGUUCGAUGCAAAGAAUCCAUUCCUGGCACCGAUCAAGAUUAACCGCGAGCUGCACAAAGCCGGAGAUCGGUCGUGCAUGCAUGUUGAGUUCGACAUCGAGGGUUCGAAGAUGCGUUACGAGGCUGGGGACCAUUUGGCGAUGUAUCCGGUGAACGAUACCGAUUUGGUGGUGCGAUUGGGAAAAUUGUGUAACGCCGAUCUGGACACAAUUUUCUCGCUGAUCAACACCGAUACGGACAGCAGCAAGAAGCAUCCAUUCCCCUGUCCAACGACGUACCGAACUGCGUUGACGCACUAUCUGGAAAUUACUGCCCUGCCAAGAACCCACAUUCUCAAAGAGUUGGCCGAAUACUGCAGCGACGAGAAGGAUAAGGAGUUUUUGCGCUUCAUGUCUUCAACGGCGCCCGAGGGUAAGGCCAAAUGCCAGGAAUGGAUUCAGGACAGCUGCCGAAACAUUGUGCACGUGUUGGAGGAUGUUCCAUCCUGCCGUCCGCCAAUCGAUCACUUGUGCGAGUUGCUGCCCCGACUGCAGCCACGUUACUAUUCGAUAUCUUCCUCGUCCAAACUGCAUCCGACCACGGUUCACGUGACGGCUGUGUUGGUCAAGUACGAAACGAAAACUGGCCGCGUCAACAAAGGUGUCGCAACAACAUUCCUCGCCCAGAAACAUCCCAUCAACGGGGAAGCCCUGCCGCGGGUGCCGAUCUUCAUCCGGAAAAGCCAAUUCCGAUUGCCAGCGAGGACGGAGACGCCCGUCAUCAUGGUUGGUCCCGGAACGGGACUGGCUCCCUUCCGUGGAUUCAUUCAGGAGCGGGACUUCAACAAACAGGAGGGGAAGGAGAUCGGACAAACGAUUCUGUACUUCGGAUGCCGGAAACGGGCCGAGGAUUAUAUUUACGAAGAGGAACUGGAAGAUUACGUUAAACGCGGUGUGGUGAGCUUGCGGGUGGCUUUCUCCCGGGAUCAGCCACAAAAAGUGUACGUCACGCAUCUGCUGGAGGAAGACACGGACCUGCUUUGGGAUGUGAUAGGAGAGAAGAAGGGGCACUUCUACAUCUGCGGUGACGCCAAGAAUAUGGCCACCGACGUGCGAAACAUUCUGCUCAAGGUGCUGAAAACAAAGGGCAACAUGAGCGAGAGUGAAGCCCAGCAGUACAUCAAAAAGAUGGAAGCCCAGAAGCGGUAUUCGGCUGACGUGUGGAGCUAAUCGUGCGGUUCCAUUCGGUGCGAUGCUUUAGUUCAAAAAUUCUUCUUUUCCUUCAGAGAGUCGUCUUCUAUUUCCUUUUUUCUUGCUGCUGUCUCAAGCACUCGUUAAUUACCGUUGCGACGAUAACAGUUUCCUCCCUCGGGUGAUCAGGUAUAUUACGGCACUUUAAACAAACCAUUUGCAAUAGUGCCUCCAUUAAUUUCCUUGUUUUUUGAGGGAAUUUUUAGGCUCGUUUGUUCUUUUUUUACGUACGUAAACAGUUUACUUUUAAUUUUUCAUACGCACUUCUAAUGCGCGGGGGAAGGACGAAGGACAUGGUGAAACGAGUUCUUUUUACUAAUAUGUAAUCAAACGGAAAAAAUGUUCGUAGAAUAGUUUUUAUUAGUGGAACGGCGUAAAUGGAUGCAAAUUUUUUAAUUGCUUGGACGAAAUGUAGUUGAAACUUGUGCAAUUGUGUCGAUACAGAACUAGAAUUAACGUGGAUAAUUGUUAACAUAGGAAGAAUGAUGCAACAAAUGUUUUGGAGAUAUAUUCGAAGGUAGCUGAAUAGCCUGCUUGCCCUGCUGAUUAAAUGAAAACAGCAUACAUGAGAAA